GGUACUUCUCCCUUUGGCCAUUACCAAUCUCUUCUUCUUAGUGCUCUUUCCUUUGUAAUCCAACUUGUUUGCUUUUUAGUAAUAUCAAAUUAUUCAAGAUGAAUAGAAAUUUCCUUAGACUGCUUGGGCUGAUGAUGAUGAUCUUUCUGGGUUUCUCUUAUGUUCUCAAUGGAGUCUCUGCUAUCCCUGCAACCAGGACCCAGAAUUUGAAAGAUGAAGAUACAACAUUUCUACCUUCUUUAGCUGAGGUGGAGCAUGUUUUUGAUGAUGCAAACAAUAAGGAGGUGCUUGUUGCUAUAGAGAGGAGGAUCGAUUUGGAAACCCAUGACUAUGAUGGAACUGGAGCAAAUAGAGACCAUGAACCGAAACCCCCUCGAAGGGUUUAAUCCCAAAAUGACAAUGUAUAUUUAAUUAGUUCCACAACCCAAUGCUGUAAAAGAGAAUAUCUAUAUUGUUUUCUCUUAUAUAUAAUCAAACAUGCAAGUGGCACCCUUUCCUUAUUUAA